AUGUCUGAGGUCAACAGACAAGUGGGCAUACACAUCCUGGAGCCAGAAAAGCCGGGGGAGGCGCGUACGUUGAGGACGCCGGUGCGGGCGAUCAGCCGGGCAUUUAUCUGGCUGCAGCAGAGCAGCGGGGUUGGAGGACACCUCCCAGAAGAAACAAAAAGUGGCCCUGCCAAGGCAGUGGGGUGGCUGAUGAGGAGAGACCAGGGGAGUGAGCUCCUGCGGGGAGCAGAUCAGCCGCUGCACCCAGCUGCAGCAAGUGCAAGGGGCGGAGCCAGAGCGGGCUCCAAGAAAGCCAGCAGCACAACCAGCAGCCGUGCUGGUGGUGGAAACGGCUCCGACGCUGUCAGCAGAGCCGGUGAAGGAGCCGGCUGCGUUAUAGGCAACAGAGCCAGUGGAAGAGCCAGCGACGUCGGGAGCAGCAGAGCUGGGGAAGAAAUUGACGACGCUGCAGGCAGCAGAGCCGGUGGAGGAACCGGCAGUGUGGGGAGCAGCAGAGCCAGGGAGGGAGCUGGCUGCAUCGCAAGCAACGGGGCCGGAGAGAGAACCGGUGGCAUCCUGAGCAGCAGAGCUGGUAGGGGAGCCGGCUGCGCUGUGGGGAGAAGGGCCAGCGAGGGAGCUGGCUGCAUUCCAGGCAGCCGAGCCGGUGAAGGAACCGGCUGCUUCAUAAGCAGCAGAUCCGGGGAAGAAACCAGCAGCCAGAUUAAAGAAGGAGCCGAGGCAGAAGGCCGGGGCUGGCGACCCCAGUGGAUGGCCCAUUUAGCCGAGGACCGUGAUGGAUGGACGGCAGGUUGGGGGUAA